UCUCUCGAAUACCGUAGCCUUGCGACACUGACGGUGAGGUGGAUAAAUCCGCUUCGUAUAAACGCGCUUGCGUAUCAAGUACUGAAACGUCAAACACGAGAGAAUCGAAUAACAUCAUUUUAGUAUUAUGACAUUAUAAUAUGUAAUAUCUGUCAUAGGAGAAUAUGCAUGCAUCACGACUCGAUUUUUUUCAUUUAAUCCAGUUGGUGUUCAGUUUCUGAACAGUGACGACGUUACGUAGCCGUUCGACUAGUGUAAAUAAGUAUUCAUUAACAAACGUUUGCGUGCUGAGUGCAUGUGACAUGUGACACACCAGUCUCAAAUGUCUUCCCCGAAAACUUCUAAGUACUCAGACAAUUAUCAACGUUUUAACGAUGAUGCUAAUACAACUUUUGAACAAGAGAUUUCCCAACAAUCAUGUCAAAAAUAUGGAUCAAUGUUAUCGUAUUCUUUCCCAGGGAAGCAUAUAAAUUCACCAGGAAGCAAUAGCGAAACCAAUCAGUUGCCACAACAAUUUGAUACUGAUGAAAUAGAAAGAGACACCAUGACUAAUAAUGCUAUACUUCCUUUACACGAUUCCCUUUCAGAUCAUGAUUUGUAUUGGGAAAUGAAUUAUCAUAAGGCUGCAAUUUUUUUAGAGGAAGGUAGAAACAAUGAAAAAUUUGAAUCGCAUCCAAGGCAUCCUGAAGAUUUACCAGCUUAUUUACUAGUUCACAAUAAUUGGUACUAUGGAUUAGAUUUGUUAACUUCACUUAUACUUUUAGCUUUAGCUCUUGUGGAAGAUCCAGCUGUACCAUUAUUUAGAAUACCAGUGUGGGCACAUGGGUCAAUAGAACUUUUUGCUUUAAUGAUUAUAGGCAUUGAAUUAACAUUAAAAUUAAGAUGGAUUGGCUGGGCAACUAUGUUGAAGCAUAAAAGAACAAUGUUAAAGUGUAUUACAUUGGUUAUAAUGUUUUUAGAAGCAAUGACAGUUUUAGUGAGACAGUCAUCACACUUUCGAGUAACACGUGCUUUAAGGCCUAUCUUUUUAAUAGAUACAAAAUGCUUUGGAGGUGUACGAAGAUUUAUAAGACAAAUACUUCAGACGUUACCUCCUAUAUUGGAUAUGUUAGGUCUGCUUUUAUUUUUCAUUACACUUUACACAGUAUUGGGUUAUUAUAUGUUUUCUGAAAUGAACAGAUAUUUUUGUACACUGCAAGAUAGUUUUGUAAGUCUUUUUGUUCUUCUCACCACUGCUAAUUUUCCAGAUGUAAUGAUGCCAUCAUAUUCAAAAAAUAAGUGGUAUGCAAUAUACUUUGUCUCUUAUUUGUCAACAAUGUUAUAUGUGAUGAUGAACUUAAUGUUGGCAGUAGUAAAUGAAACAUUUACAGCUGCCGAAAGAGAUAAAUUUAAAAAGUUAUUUUUGCAUAAAAGAAAAGCAUGCCAGCAUGCCUUUAAGUUAUUAGUCUCAAAACAGAGUCCUGAUAAAAUGCGAUUUCGUCAGUUCGAAGGGUUAAUGCGAUACUACGCUCCAAAUAAAAGUAUAAGAGACAUUGUUUUAAUUUUUCGCCAUCUAAAUGCCUCUGGAACUGGGGUAUUAAGUUCUCAAGAAUUUUUAAAUAUUUAUGACACAAUAACACUUCAGUGGGAACCACAAUAUUCCAGUGUACCUUGGUAUCACGGUGCAUCUCAACCCUUACAAAUCCUCUGCAAUGGAGCUCAUGCUGCUAUCAGAUGGAGCUACUUUGAAACUGUGAUGUACAUAACAAUCGUUGCAAAUGGCAUAGCAAUGAUAAUAAGAAUUCUACAAGGGGGUGAUAUUCUUUACAGUGCACAUCUAUUUGCAGCAUCAUGGGAUACCUUCCUUUUUGGAGGAAUAUUCGUAGCUGAAGCACUCAUUAAAGUACUAGGUCUUGGUACAAGAUGGUACCUAAGCUCUGGAUGGAAUCUUUUUGAUUUAAGCACGUCUGUAAUGACACUUAUUGCUGCUUGUAUUUUACGUCUUUUCCCAUCAGCCACAUUCUUUGUUUUAUUCAGACCACUUAGACUUUUAAGAUUAUUUAAAAUGAAAAAAAGAUACAGAGAUGUGUUUGGCACACUUGUUAUUUUAACUCCUUUAAUGUCUUCUACUGCUGUGGUCAUGCUCGUUUUAUACUACUUUUUUGCUAUUAUCGGAAUGGAACUAUUCGCUGGCUACAAUAUGCGGAAUUGUUGCAAGAAUACAACAGUUGAAGACUUUUACAAGUACUCUGUUAAUGAAAGUACUACAUUGGGAUAUUAUUAUCUAAAUACUUUUGACAAUCUAAUAGCCAGUGGAAUGACACUUUUUGAAUUAACAGUUAUUAAUAACUGGUUCAUAUUAAUGAAUGCAUACGCGUUUACUGUUGGCAUGUAUACAAGAAUAUAUUUUAUGAUAUUUUAUUUGGUAACAAUGAUUGUAUUAACAAUUGUGGUCUCCAGCUUCUUAGAAGCAUUCCGAUUUAGAAUACAUUAUAAGAAAUCGACAUCUAAACGUGAUGAGGAAAAAAUGCUCCACGAAGAAGUGGAACUGAGAUGGGAUGAAUUGCAAUGUAUAAUAGAAGAUUUUCAAAUUUUAGAAAAAUUGAGACCUUCCCUUGUAGUCGGCGGUACCACUGUUUUUAUUGGAUCGCGUCCUCGAACGCGAGAAGUACUACAACGAAAAAUGUAUACAACUGAAAUUAACGAAUGGAUUGAAGAAGCAAAAGAAGCUGAAGGAUUGUAUUUAUCAAAUCCUGUAUAUAACGCAGAUGAAAAUUUUAGGGAGGAUAGAAUAUCUGAAUCAGAUCAUCUUAGAUUAAGAGAAAAUUCACGACCAAUGCAACAAAAUACAUCUAAUGUUGUGUAAUUGUUGAAAAUGAUAAAUUAUUAUUCAAUAAUUUUCAUGUUACAUAUCUUGGCAACGUAUUAAUUUGAAAGAUUGUAACAUAAGAAUACAAUAAUUAGUUAGUGCAAUUAACCAAGAAACAGCAUAAACAUAAUGGCGUAGUAUAUAAUAUUUAUUUGUAUUCACAUAAUAAUAAAAUUUACAUAAAAC